AUGGUGCCCCCGGAGCAAGUUCUUGCCCACCCUUCAGUGGGAGUGUUCGUGAGUCAUUUUGGGACUAGCUCAAUGCUUGAGAGCAUUUGUGCUGGAGUGCCUAUGAUCGGUUGGCCGUAUUUUGGUCAUGACCAUCAAGUGACCUGCCGGUACAGCUGUAACCGAUGGGUUAUCGGGAGGAAGAUCGACGAGGAUAUAGAGAGGGAAGAAGUGGAAAGCCUAGUUUGCGAGUUGAUGGAGGGAGCCGAGGGUAAAGCAAUGAAGAGGAAGGUGAUGGAGUGGAAGAAACAAGCAGUUGAGGCCACCAGUAACGGUGGGUCAUCGGCGAAAAUUUUCAACAACCUUUUGAAGGCAUUAUCAAGAUCACAAAACUUCAUGGGUCAUCAAAUUCUCAGCUAG